UGCUGAAUUCGCAUUUCCCUCGGAUAAACUAUGGCCCCCGGAGCCUGUUGGCGAUGUCUUCUCCUCUCAUUCUUUUUCUUAAGGGGCUCAUCACAGAAUUUCCCCCAGACCAGGUUUAUCUGCACUUCGGUUCCAGUUGAUAUGGACAUGUGCACUUCUUCAAUGCAGAAUAGCGGUCCCACAGAGGACUUGAAGACCACAAUCCUGCAGCUUCGAGAGACUGUGCUCCAGCAAAAGGAGACUAUCAUGAGCCAGAAGGACACUAUCAGGGAACUGACCACCAAACUGGCAAGAUGCGAGGGACACACUGUUCUGGAGAUCCCAUCUAACGAACCUAAGACCGCUACUUCUGGAUCUCGGAAAAAAGAGACUGGGACUUCCAAAAACACAAUGGGAGAUUUGUCUAGGACACCAACAGCUGAGACACUAACUCAACUGGGACAGACUCUGCAGUCUUUAAAGACAAGGUUGGAAAAUUUAGAGCAGUUCAGCAGAGGCAACUCAUCCGCACAAGCCAGCAGCCUAAAAGACAUACUGCAGAAUAAAAUAGAUGACUUGGAGAAGCAAGUUCUGUCCAGAGUAAACGUCCUGGAAGAAGGAAAGAUCAGUAUAAAGAAUGAAACUGAGCAGCGAGGGAAAAUCGAGAGCACUUUAACUUCACUUCACCAAAGGAUUUCAGAUUUGGAAAAAGGUCAGAAAGAGAGCAGACCUGCAGACAAAUUCCAGCUGACAUUUUCCAUGAGGACUAACUACAUGUACGCCAAAGUGAAAAAGAGUCUCCCUGAAAUGUAUGCCUUCACUAUAUGCAUGUGGAUAAAGUCUAAUGCCUCCCCAGGCAUGGGAACACCAUUUUCUUAUGCAGUCCCUGGACAGACUAAUGAGCUUGUGCUGAUUGAGUGGGGGAACAACCCAAUGGAAAUACUUAUUAAUGACAAGGUGGCAAAACUGCCAUUGGUGGUUAAUGAUGGAAAAUGGCAUCAUAUCUGCAUUGCCUGGACAACCCGAGAUGGGGUAUGGGAAGCUUAUCAGGAUGGAAUACUGAGAGGAAGUGGAGAAAACCUGGCACCAUACCACCCCAUAAAACACCAAGGAGUCCUGGUUAUUGGGCAAGAACAGGACACAUUGGGGGGUGGAUUUGAUGCCACUCAGGCCUUUGUGGGAGAACUCGCUCAUUUCAACAUCUGGGACAGGAAGCUGACGGUAGGGGAAGUCUAUCACCUUGCAACAUGCAGUAACAAAGCCCUCACUGGUAAUGUCAUUAGUUGGGCAGAAAGCAACAUAGAGAUCUUUGGUGGGGCCACCAAGUGGACAUUCGAUGCAUGUCGCCAGAUCAACUGAAGCCUGCGGAGACUGAAUUUCAUUCCUCAGCUUAACAAAAUCAUUGGUCUUAUCAUGCAUCCAAAAUGGGAUUCAUCGAAAACAAGGUUGUUAAUUUUUUUUUUCUUAUCCUGCAAAAUUCAAGGUGAAAAGUCACAAAAGACGAACAAAAAAAAUAAAUAUGAAAUCAUCUCAUAAAGAAUUCGCCUCUCCUGUUUCAAGUUGGAGAGAGAGAGAGAUUCAGGGUUGCUGGGAAAGGCAUUUUAGAGGAAAGUAGCAAGUGCAUAGGGGCAAUGUUAGUGAGAGGUUUUACUAUUCCAUUCAUGGAGAUGACCCAACUGAUUGGUUUUCCCAUUGCCAACUUAGUUUAACCUCUUAG